AUGGCGCGACGGUACGAGAUCGAUGAGCUGCUAUGGCUGCGCUCAUCGCCUCUUGUCGCAAAACCUCCUGGCCUACCCCCGAUUGAAGAAUGGAUGCCUCAACCUGACCCAACGACCCAAACCAAGCCACGAAACUCGCGUGAUCCCAAUAACCCAACUGAGACAACUACCAACAGAAGACCGAGCUUUUUUGAAGCUCGUCACAUCUCCCGUGGCUCCAAUUCAGAAGACAUCAUUCUUGGCCCUCCAAAAACUGCCUUUGCGUCAUCACGAAUUGGUGGGGUCGGUAAAGGGUCGUUUGACCUGACGGAACGGUCCGUGCGACCUGGCGAUUCAGAUGAGAAGAGUGACCGUUUCAAUUUCCGCGACAAGUUUUUCAAAGAUAAAGACGCCCCGGAGAGAGACUUGGAGCGCCGAGAUGGAAAGCCUGCUGGCCUGAACGGCCGACGCGGGGAGAGGGAGGACUGGAAUGCUGGCCGUCCUCGCCGUGGGCUCGGUCCAGACGAGCAGGACCGCAAGCCACGCCGCAAUGGCGAGUUUGACCGAUGGGAGAAUAGAGAAAAUGCGCGGGAUCCAAACAAUGAUCGAGCAAUCCGGGACCGAGACGGCCGCCCUGCAGCGAAGAAGGAUGGCCAGCCGGGACGAGCCAAAUUCGAAGGAAGCUGGUUCCGCGAUGAGACCACCCAGGAGGUUGCCGAUGCUGAUGAGGACAAAUCACAGCUACGCAACCGAGAAUGGCGCCGUGAUCGACACGGCGCAGACCGCGACUGGACCCGCGGUGCUAAACUUGAGCAAGAGCCCGAGUGGCUGGAUAGCAAUGACCGAGAUGAGCCACGACGUGCACAUACGCAGGAAGACUUUGAGCGUUGGAAGGAGAGAAUGAAGGCUGGAUCUGGUGCUGGUCAGCAGGCUCCAGCUCAGGAAGAGAAGAGAGAGUUCCCCGCAGAAUCGCACAUUGCUGCACAGCAGCCAGAGUCUCAUGCUGCCGACGGGGAGGGUUUCGGCAGUUCUGGUACCCAGUUCAUGCAAGACACCUCGAUGGAACGCUUCUUUGGCAUGCUGGGAGAUACGAAACCCCACGUCCCCGAAAUCAGCUCUCCAGUCGCCACUGAACAAACUCCCAAGAAAGACCUUCUAGCUGCCGGCAUGAGCGCCAAACCCGGCAAAUCCUCUCGUUUCGCUGGGCUGUUCAGUCCGCCACCGGAGAGCCCUGCGAAGGAACCUGAGCCUCAAGCACCUUCUAUGGCCAUGCUAUUUGGUGGCGGUAGCCCAGCCAAUGCACAUGAUGCUGACCAGGAAGGGUUCCAGCGUAUUUUGAAGAUGCUGGGAGGCGGGGGCAACCGGUCUAACAAUGGCACUCCUCAACAGGGCGAGAUGCUUCAGCAGUCGCGCGAAUCCUCGAUGGCGCACCCUGCACACCACCCACGCGUCAUGCCCAACAUGUCGUCUCCGAGAGAUUCUCUCCCGCAGUCGGAGUACAUGAGCCCUCAUGAGAACCCUAUGGGCCCUGCGGCUGGCAAGGAUCCACAAUCUCGCGAGAGAGAGCAUCUGCUUCGGUUGAUGCAGCAAGUCCGCGUUGGACCUCCCUCGGGUCUUCCACCCCAGCAGUCACCUCCGAAUGCAGGCGUAGCCCCUCCCCCUGGCCUGAUGCCCGAAAUGAUGCCUCGUCCUCCUCCUGGACUGGGUGCCCAGAAGACACCUUCCUUCCUCGAUGACCCGGCCAUCGCAAACAUGCAGCGACCGGACAGUGAGCAGCUCCGUCGGCGCGCUCCUAACGGACCCCCGCCCAUGGGAUACUUCGAUGAUGUGCCCUUCCCUCCUCAGGGCGCCCAGGGACCCAUGACUCCUGGUGGUUCUCGUCCUAUUCAGGGCCUGAACCAGCCCCCAAUGCCACUUCAGCGGCCUCCAGGACUGGACCACAUGCCACCUCCGGGCUGGGCCGGUCAACACCCUCCCCAAGGCAAUGGACCAAGCCCCAUGGGCCCUCCUCCUGGUAUCCCAGCGCCUAACCGCGGCUUCCCACCGGGAUACAUGGGUGGUCCGCCUCCCCCCGGUUUCCCUCAUAUGCCCCCUAACCCAGAGGCCAUGAUGGGAGUCGGGCCCGCCCCCUCAUCCCGCCACCUCCUCGAGAUGUUCGGCCAGCCCAACGGUGGUGACGGCCGCGGUGGUAUGGUCGGCCCCGGUCAGUUCAGAUAG